AUGGGUACUGCAGCUUCUAGUUCUGCUUUGGAGAAGAGUUAUGAACUUCCUGAUGGUCAAGUUAUCACUAUUGGUAAUGAGCGAUUCAGAUGUCCAGAAGCUCUUUUCCAACCUAGCUUCUUGGGAAUGGAAGCAUCAGGAAUACAUGAGACAACUUACAAUUCCAUCAUGAAAUGUGAUGUGGAUAUCCGUAAAGAUCUGUAUUCGAACACUGUUCUGUCAGGUGGAAGUACGAUGUAUCCUGGUAUUGCGGAUCGUAUGCAGAAAGAGAUUGGUGCUCUUGCUCCUAGCACUAUGAAGAUCAAGAUAAUUGCACCACCUGAACGGAAGUACUCUGUAUGGAUUGGUGGUUCUAUUUUGGCUUCGUUGUCGACAUUCCAACAGAUGUGGAUUUCCAAACAAGAGUAUGACGAAUCUGGCCAAGGUAUCGUCCAUCGUAAAUGUUUUUAA